AUGUGGAUCGAGGCGCUGAAGAACGGGGUCCACCCGACGCCGUGCCACCAGAUGCUCACGGAGCUGCUCGGCAUCCACGAGCAGGGCGCGCUCAAGGACGAGGACCUGGCGAAGUACCACGACCUGCUGCGGGUGAUGCUGAUGCACCUGCACUGCCGCGGCUUCCUGGAGGACGGCAACGGCGGUGUUGUGAUGCAGGCGGUGGCCAAGGUGCUGCUGCUCUCGGGGCAGCAGCUGGCGCGGCCGGCGCUGGCGCUGCUGCGCAGGGGCAUCAAACUCGUGGAGUGCCACACGGAGGACGUGGAGGACACAAGCUGGAUACAGCUCAUGAUGCAGCUGGAUAUCCUCUCGCGGGCGGAGACGACCCUCGCGCUGCCGCCGCCCGAGGGCCACUCCGCCGGGCCGCGCUCGGAGAGGUGGCUGCUGGAGGGCCCCUGGGGCGUCCCCGAGGGCUCCGACGCCUCCCUCGGCGUGCGCCUCACCGCCACCGGCGGCUAG